AUGACGUUUGUUUACAGCUACCGAGAUAAUACUUAUCAUAGGAUUCUCAACGAAAGAGCUGCAGCAUUUAGCAGACAGUCUUUCAGUAGUGACGAGGAUUCUGAUGACGGAGAGCAUAUUGACCAUGAUUACAAUGCUCAGGCCUUUGGAUACCGCUUCAUCAAUAAAGGACGUUGGACAAAAGAGGAGGAUGAAAAAUUAAAAAAGGUUUUAGAAUAUUGUGGUACCCAAGACUGGAAACUUGUUGCUAAGUAUUUUGUUGACCGCACUGAUAUACAGUGUCAGCACCGCUGGCACAAAGUUUUGAACCCUGCCCUUAUUAAAGGCCCGUGGACAAAGGAGGAAGACGACAAAGUUUUGGAGCUUGUUCAAAAGUUUGGUCCAAAAAGAUGGACACUUAUUUCUAAACUCUUGAAUGGUAGAACUGGAAAACAGUGUAGAGAAAGGUGGCACAAUCAUCUGAAUCCAGAUAUAAAGAAGUGUGCAUGGACAGAGGAGGAAGAUCGCCUUAUAUAUUCACUCCACAGACAGCUUGGAAACAGAUGGGCAGAAAUUGCUAAGUUUUUACCUGGAAGAACUGAUAAUGCAAUCAAAAAUCACUGGAAUUCAACAAUGAAGCGUAAAUAUGAAGAUGAAAAUUGCAUGGACCAGCAUGUUGGGAUAUAUACACAGGCCUGUACACCUAGUACCUCGACUAAUUACCAGUCAGUACAACCUGUUCAGCUGUUCCCAAACCUGGGUGUUUCCUCGGAAAAUAUCAUCAAGACACCAGACAAGUGAGUCAAGAGUGAUGAAGGAAAAUUGACUGAAUCUGGAUCUGGGUUUAGUGGUCUUUCGUCACUUGACCUCUUUAGUGGAACUGGUUCUGCAACAGGGGUUACUCCCAUCAAGUUUACCGCUUUAAAUAGCAAAGGCUACAGAUUUGAUGGGAAGGCUAUCCAACGCCUAAAGAGUCCUGGACAUCUAAUUCCUAUCACUUCUCCAGUCACCUCUAAGUUCUCUCAGCCAGCCAUCCUAAGGAAGGGCAAGAGGAAGAUGUGUGCACCAAAAAAAAGGGAAAAGGAAGAAAGUGCUAAGAUUUCACGGACAAACUGGAAAGUCAUGUCUAAGUGUGCUUCUUCAAAGGAGGAACCUGUUAUCAACGAUGACGUUAAAGAAAAUGUUCAUAUUUAUGCCCAGAAUACAACUCCUUGUCGAAAUCAUGUAUCUCCAUAUUCCUCUGAUGAUAAGGAAGAACAUUCGACUCCUAAAGGAACACCAAUAAAAAAUUUGCCAUUUUCUCCUUCACAAUUUUUGAAUAGUCCAGAAAUUCCCUUUGGUAAAGUGACUUCAACACCUGUGUGUAGUCAGCUUCACCUGACUACACCAACCAAUAAUAGUGUUCUGGAUACUCCAGAGAUCAAACGUGAUUCAAGCACUUCAAAAGAUUUCUACUGCACUCCAAAGAUCCGCAGGUCUAUUCUGAAUGCAACUCCACAAACUCCCACUCCAUUUAAGACAGCUUUGGCUGAAAUGGAAAAGAAAGCCAGAACCUUCAAGGAUAUUAGUCCAGGACAGUUGGACGACUUGAAUGAGAUGAUUAAGGAGGACACUGGCUAUGAUGGAGAUCUCUCCACAAUGGACUUCAAUUUAACUCCAAGAGAGAGCAAGCACAGCAAACAGGAAGAAAAAAACAAGAAAGCAAGACAGUCCUUGAAAUGGCCAGUGUCUGAGGGAUCAAUCUUCAACAAUGCUGAGUCACUACUUCUGUCGCCAGAAACUCCGAGCAAAUCCUUGAUUGGGGACACAAGUAUUGUGUUUUCUCCACCCUCCAUCAUAAAGGAGACACUGGCUGAGGAAAUUAUGGAAGAUGUGUUCGCCGUCCCAAAACCCUCUCGCCAAGAAAAAGCAAAAGAGAUGCACGUUGGGAGGAAGUCGAUAAAACGAAUAAAAUUCUCUGAUAGUGCUUCUGUGAAAUCUAUAGUAAAGCUUGAUUCUGCUUUUGAACGAGUGGCCUGCGGCAAGUCUGAUGAUCAGAUGACAAUGACAGACCUGGCUCGUCGCUUUCUUUCCCAGAAAGGCGGCAUACUUUUAGGUUAG